AAAAAUUUGCUGACCGUGCACCGGUCGUAGUGUGCGACAGCCCUCGUCGCAGACCACAUAAGCCAAAAAUCCCAAAAAUGGCCACCAUCACCCGCACCCGUUGCAUCAUUGAGGAGCCACUGAUACCUUUGGAGACCUUGUACGAUCUCAUCGUAAGGUUCAUUGUGUUCGUGCCGGCGGGUGCCGUGUCCGAUAUGAACCGCUUGCUGUUCCAAGUCGAGUUGGCCCAUUGGUUCUAUCUGGAUUAUUAUGCGGAAGACAACAGGAAACGGUUCCCGUUUACCUUCUUCGUUAGCUUAAUAUUCAAGAACACGCCUUGCCUAAAGAAGUACAAAUACAGGGUGAAAUUCCUCGUCGACGCGUGGUUCCAGUACAAAAUAAGGGUGCCAACGUACGGCGCCAUCAUCCUGUCGGAGCACCUCGACCACGUGCUGCUGGUGCAAGGCUACACGGGCAAGAAAUGGAGCUUCCCCAAGGGAAAGGUGAACGAGAACGAGGAGCCGGUCAAGUGCGCCGUCCGCGAGGUGAUGGAGGAGAUCGGCCUGGACGUGUCGAAGCUGAUCGAUCCCGACUCGUAUUUGGAGGCGACGCUCACCAAAUCGGUGGCGCGUCUCUACAUCGUGAAGCACGUGCCGAUGACGACCGACUUCGAGACGAAGACGCGGAAGGAGAUCGGCGCGUGCAGGUGGUUCCCGAUCGACGAGCUGCCCGAAGACGACAACGACACCGAACGUUUCGAUAGGGUGCGCCACCUGGGCGUGACGCCGCAAUCGUUCUUUUUGGUGUUGCCGUUCGUCAAGAGGAUCAAGGAGCUCUGUUUUACGGUGCCCAAGAGUAAGAGGAACAGGAACAGGGGCAGAGGGAGCCAGAACCAAAACAGAAGUAACAAUGUGCAGGCACGUAAACCUGCACAUUGAUGUGGAUGUUCGUGUAUGUUUCAAUUGUUAAUAAUUAACAAUUUUUUAAUGUUUUAUUUAUAUUUAUAUAUUAUUUUUAAAAUUUUUGACCAAGUAUUAACUAAAAAUUUUGAAAUUUUAGGUAAAUUUCAAUGAUUAUUAAUUGAGUUCAGUCUAAUUUUAUAUUGAAGUUAUGAUGAAUUAUGUCAAUUUUAUGACCUAUAAAAUAAAAAAACUCAGACAUUUUUUGUUAUAAUUAAAUCAUUAAUUAAUGAAGGCAAAGAGGGCCAAAGUAAAUUAAUUCAAAAACAAACUAACAAUAUACAGAGCUGGUAAAACUAUGUAUUUAUAUCGUUAGUGAAUGUUACAAUUGUUGAUUAUUAACAAUGUUUUAAUAUGUAUAACUUAAUUGUAUUUUAUUUUAUUAUAUUGAGUGUACUUGUGUGUAAUUAGUAUAAACUAGCUAAGUAAGCUUGUAAACUGGUAAUUUCAGUUAUUUAAUUUAUUUAUUUGUAAAUUUUAAAUAAUUUAUAUAUUACUUUUUUAAAUUAUUGACACAAUUUUAACUAAGAAAUAUGAAAUUUUAGUUGUUUCAAUAAUUUUAUGUUUGAAUUAUUAUCCUACGUUUUAUUAAUUGGAAUUUUAAUUUUAUAUUGAUGUUAUGAUAAAUUAUGUCAUUUUUAGCAUGUAUAGAACAAAAAAAUCUGAGACAUUUUUUAUUGUAAGUUAAUCAUUAAUUAACAGAGAAAGGAGGACCAACAGAAAUUGGUACCAAAACCAAACUAACAAUUUGUAAGGCUCAUAAAACUGUGUAUUGUCGCAAAUAUUUGUAACGUUAGUGAAUGUUUCAUUUGUUAAUUAUUAACAAUUUUUUAAAACGUUAAUGUUAUAAUAAAUUGUGUCAAUUUUAGUAUGUACAGAAUAAAAAAACACACACAUUUUUAUUAUAAUUUAGUACACCUAUUCAAGUGUUGUAAUUUGUAAAUUUUUCUAUACAUUCUCAUAUUUGUGCUUGAGGUAUUUUAUUGUAAAUGUAUUGUAUAUUGUACCAGAAUUUUGUUUUACAAAUAAAAUGUAACUUGGCUAGGAUUUUACAAUUAAAUAAACCAUCUAUUAAAAACGUUUUACAUCCAA